AGUGGGCCAAACUGCGUCCAUCCUUUGAGCCCGACGUUCCUCCGGAAAGGCGGGGCCUCUCACUUGACUGACCAACUUCGGGAGGAAAAGUGUGGAAUUCCAUUUCCGCUUUAGGGUGUCGACCGGGAUUUUUUUCUUCCGCCCCCACUUCCAACAAACUUUUAAUUUCCAAGUCAACUCGAAAGUUUGAAUCAAGCAUCGUUGGCUUGAAGUAUUGUUCCUACAAUGGCUUCCUCUCCUCAGAAGUCGCCGUCUUCCCCUAAAUCCCCGACGACGCCGAAAUCUCCUUCUUCGAGAAAGAAAGACGACUCUUUCCUAGGAAAACUUGGUGGAACUCUGGCGAGGAGGAAAAAAGCUAAAGAAGUGUCUGAGCUUCAGGAAGAGGGGAUAAAUGCCAUCAACCUUCCUCUCAGCCCCACCCACUAUGAGCUUGACCCUGAGGACACCAUGCUUGAGGAGAAUGAGGUGCGUACGAUGGUGGAUCCAAACUCCAAGAACGACCGAAAACUGCAAGAACUUAUGAAGGUGUUGAUCGACUGGAUAAAUGAUGUUCUCGUUGGUGAAAGGAUCAUUGUGAAGGAUCUGGCUGAAGAUCUCUAUGAUGGACAAGUCCUGCAGAAAUUAUUCGAAAAGUUGGAAGGUGAGAAACUCAAUGUGGCGGAGGUGACGCAGUCAGAGAUCGCCCAGAAGCAGAAGCUGCAGACUGUUUUGGAACGGAUCAACGACUCACUCAAACUCUCCACCAGGAAUAUUCGCUGGAAUGUUGACUCGGUUCAUGCGAAGAGUAUCGUCGCCAUCCUCCAUCUGCUGGUAGCACUGUCACAACACUUCAGAGCACCAAUCAGAUUGCCGGACCAUGUUUCUCUUCAAGUCGUCGUGGUCCAGAAAAGAGAGGGUAUCCUGCAAUCCAGACAAAUUCAGGAAGAAAUCACUGGGAACACAGAGUAA